AUGGCCUCCCCAAUCCGAAAAGGCCUCACAUCCAUCCUCCAAAAAUCCCCCACCGACGUCGUAAUCCUCUCCUCCCUCCGCACCCCCAUAACCCGCUCCUACAAAGGCCCCCUCCGAGACGCCUACCCCGAAGAACUCCUCUCCACCGUCCUCAAACAAACCCUCGUCGCAAACCCAUCCCUCGACCCGGCCCUCAUAAACGAUGUCUCCAUCGGGGUCGUGCUCUCCGAACUAGGCGGCUCGAAAGCCGGCCGGAUGGCCAUGAACCACGCCGGUCUGCCGACCAGCACCUCGUUCUACACUGUGAACCGGGCGUGUAGCUCGGGGUUGACGGCGAUUACGAGUGUUGCGCAGCAGAUCGCGACGGGGAUGAUUGAUGUGGGGAUUGGAGGGGGGAUGGAGAGUAUGACGAGGAAUUAUGGAUCGAGGGCUAUUCCGACGGAUUUGUGGCCCGCGUUGAAGGCGAGUGAGGAUGCGGAUGUGAGGGAUNAGGGGGGAUGGAGAGUAUGACGAGGAAUUAUGGAUCGAGGGCUAUUCCGACGGAUUUGUGGCCCGCGUUGAAGGCGAGUGAGGAUGCGGAUGUGAGGGAUUGUAUAAUGCCUAUGGGACUUACGAGUGAGAAUGUGGCUGAGAGGUAUGGGGUUAGUAGAGGGGACCAGGAUGCUUUCGCUGUGGAAUCACAUAGGAAGGCGAAGAAGGCACAGGAUGAAGGGUUGUUUGACGAGGAGAUUGUUACUGUGCAUACGGUAUUUCAGGAGAUAGAUAAGGCGGGGGAGAAGGUGGGGGAGUUGCAACAGAUUACUGUUACGAAGGAUGAUGGGAUUAGAGCGAAUGCUUCGAUGGAGGGGAUGCAAAAAUUGAAACCCGCAUUCAAAGAGAAUGGUACUUCGACAGCAGGAAACUCUUCACAGAUCUCGGAUGGAGCUGCAGCUACUUUACUGAUGAGGAGGAGCACAGCUACUGAGUUGGGCCUCUCAUCGUCGAUUAUUGGAAAAUGGGCGGGAACUUCUGUUGUUGGUUGCAAACCAGACGAGAUGGGAAUUGGACCCGCUCUUGCAAUUCCCAAACUUCUUGGGAUGACCGGAUUGACCAAGGAAGAAAUUGGGAUUUGGGAAAUCAAUGAAGCCUUUGCUAGUCAAGCUCUGUACACCCUGAGAGAAUUGGGCUUGGAGAAGGCUUUGGUUGAGGGAAGAGUGAACCCCAAGGGCGGUGCCAUUGCUCUUGGUCACCCACUUGGUGCCACGGGUGCGAGAAUGUUGGCGGGUCUCUUACCAGAGAUGAAAAGGCAAGGUCUCGAGACGGGAGUUGUAAGUAUGUGUAUAGGCACUGGCAUGGGAAUGGCUGGACUGUUUGUAAGGGAGUAG